GUGCAUGACGCAGGCGAGCCGCAGUCGCUGUCGGGACACGACGCAGUUUUAAGAUGGCCUCCCAUCCGAUCGCAUUGGAUUCCAACUUCGGAUGCCGAUCAGUGUUUUUUUUGUUGACGGCCAUGUGUUUUUUCUUCGGUUCGUUUCAAUUUGUUUUGGGUCUAAAUCCGAUGACCGACCGCUCCCUGCCGUCCGAGGCCAUGAUCCAUGACCUCGGCUUACGGAUAAGUCAAGGGCUGAUCAACCUUAUUAACGAAGCCAGUGGUAAAAAUGAACUAUCAAAAAGAUACGACAGUCAAAACGCGUUCUUUCUGGAGCCGGUACACGGAGAGGAUGUUUUGGAGGAGGCCAUAGAAAAACUCGAGCCCAUGUUUCAGCGUCGAAUUCGAGCUGUCGAAGACAUAACCAUUAAAGCCGAAGAACUUGCGAUGGAACACGUGUAUGACGAGCAACCACAGUCCAAUCAGGUGCAUUUUAUCAACGGAAAAGAAUGGGACGACCCUGCAUUGAACGACUCUUCUAUGGUGAAUAGUUCACAAUUUGGCCACCCUUUCUUCGUUAAUACGAACUCCUCUGCCGUUCAUCUGCCACUUCACACCUACGAAGGCUGGAUGUGGCAUCGAUUCAAACCCGUCUGGUAUGAGGAUGUAGACACAAUAAAUGCAAUGAUGUGGACCGACCGGCUAGACGACAUUUUCGCUGAAAAUCUCAAACGGGACCCUUCCAUCUACCAGUACUUUGCCAGUAAAGAAGGCGUCCUUCGCUAUUUCCCUGCUCAUAGAUGGAGAACUCACGUCAAUCAGCACGACAAUUUCGAUGCUCGUCAUCGGCCAUGGUUUACUCAAAGUAUUUCUUCUGCAAAGGAUCUUUUAAUUUUAAUAGACGUGAGUGGCAGUAUUCACGGCCCUACGUUUGAAAUUCUGAAAAUAACAGUGAAACGAUUACUGGGCACUCUUACUCAGCACGACUAUUUUAAUGUUCUUCAGUUCAACGAGACGGUGGCAUGGCUUCUGCCUUGUUCUGAAUCGUUAAUGCCGGCCACAACUCGAAAUAAGCGGCUUAUCUACCAGGCGCUAGACCAUACUGUACCGUCCGGAAAAGCCAGUUUCGCCAAUGCCCUUAAUUUCACCUAUCACUACAUUUUGGAGUUGGAUGACUCCCGGAACAGUAAACAAACAUCCGGCUCGGACAGCAGUAAUUGCCAUCUGGCAGUUGUACUUAUAAGCGAUGGCGGUACGGAAUUCCCGGCAGAUCAAGUCGAAAUGAUCACCAAUAAUUCGGUGACGAGGCAAACACGUUUAUUCACGCUUGCCGUCGGACCGCAUCCAAUUCCGACUCUGAAUUUGCGAAACAUCUCGUGUUCAACUAACGCUUUUCAUGGAGCCAUCCUGACUUACGGUGCCAUCCAAAGCAAAGUCCAGGGUUAUUUGCAAGUUCUCAGUCGGCCACUGGCUUUAUCUCAAGACAAAUCACUCAUUUCCUGGAGUUUACCUUACCAAGAUGCCGCAGGUUCUGGAACAGUGGUGACCGUCUCCAAACCCGUUUUUCAUCGAGGUGAAAAUCUGAGCCAAUCAUUGCUCGGUGUAGCUGGAGUAGAUAUACCAAUAUCCAGUUUCGACGUGGCCUUACCUGAUUCACAACUGGGUUUUGGGGGCCACAAAAUGGUGGUGAUGGGUGGCACAGGUAACGUCGUACAUCAUUCCCAGCUGGAUACGCAAAAUUCAUACAUUGAGGAUCCACCAAUUGUGGAUUACGAGGAUCUAGAGCCCACGGGAGAAUGGUCGGAUUCGUUACGUCAACAGUUGCUCGAUAGAAAAACCGGAUCGCAUUCUUACAAUUCGACCACGCUUACUCCUGACGACGCUUACCUUAUCCACCAGCGACGUACCUGGCACUUCCGACCGAUAUCCAAAACCGCCUACACAUUGGCGGUAUCAAUAAGCGAAGGUGCUAAUAUAAUCGUACCCAAUCUGGAACUGCAGGGUAAGGUGUUGUGGAACAAUCAAACUAUUACUAGGGCAGCUCCGUGGGAAUUUUGUAAUAAUCUGCGGGCCUACACCAAUUAUACAAAUCAGCGAGAAACGGCUGAUUAUUUUAGCCAAUUAAGCCAGCGAUUUGAGCGUGGCGGGGAGGGCUGUGAUCAGUCUGCAUUGAGCCAUUUGCUGUGGGAUUUAGAGAUGACGAUGAACGUGUCUCAAAUGUGGACGACGACACCUGAUCGCCGCGUCCAUUCGCGUUUCGUGUCGACCACUGGUGGCGUCACGCGGACGGAAACUCGAACACGGGCUUACAUCCAAGAAGAUUUGGCUGAUCCGCGAAAUAGUUCCCUCUUUCUUCGGCUGGCGCAUUCAAGAGAUGCUUCCAUUUUGAUCCGUCCUCCAUUGAGUCGUGGUGAAGAUUACCUAGUUGCCGCUAAAAUAUCGUCAAAGGAACAGUUCUUAGCGAUAGCAGGAGCUCUGGUUGGUAAAGACAUCGUUCACUCGAUCUGGAAAAACGCUGUUGAAGCAUUCAACAUCAGCGACCAGCUACACCUUUACUGGUUGGACGAAGGUGGCUACAUCGUCGCAACCAAUCAGAUCAACGUUUCUCCAGGAACUUUUAUUGGUUCCAGCAAUGCUGAUCCUCAGUUGAUGCACGCGUUGACACUGGAUCCGAAUCCUGUCUACGAGCGCAAUACCAUCGUCAAAAGGGCUGUUAGCUGUCCAGUAUUCGUUAAAGCUGCCCCGAUUUCUUCUGCUUCCAUUUUCGCUGCUAGAUGGGUUUCGAAUUUGACUACCACUCUGCUCGGUAUAGCGCAAGCAAUCUACUCUUUUUCCGCCAGCCUUUUAUGGGCUGGUGUAACGUCAGCAACAUUCCAAGCCGAAAUGGAGCUAGACAAACUCAGACCUGCUCGUGUAGAUACGCAUCUCUGCUCCAAGGAAUAUAUCCUUUACCAAUUGAAAACAUCGCAGCAAAGACUGUUCAAUGUGUCGUGUUCCACGUUGUGCGCCGGAGAAAAUAGCACGACGCGAGAGGUAAUAAUUCAUCCCAUGUCGGACAGCAGCUCUUUGUUGAUCGCUGCCACGGCCCCGUGUCGCUGUAAAGCUUCAACUUUUCAACACGGCCUGGCUCGUUUGGAAGACGAGAUGGAAAAAUGCCAGUUUCAUCGACGGUAUCACAAAUCGUCGGAGCAUUGCUACGCCAGCGAUCCACGGGAAAAUUCGCUUGAAUGUUCUGGCCAAUCCCUGCAUAACCCGGCGCUUAUGUUCCCUUCGAUGAUCUUCAUCUUUUUCGUCGUUUUGAUUCUUCGCUGAAAAAAUAUCGCACUACCCUAUAUUUUCAAGACUCUAGCGUUGGAGUUGUUCUUAAAUAAUUAGUUUUCAUGCAAUUCACUGAUUAUAAAUGCUUUUUUUUUUUUAUGAACGGGAAAAGAAGGAGAGAGAGAGAGAGAGAAAGGGGCGCCUUAUAUAUUUAUCUUUGAAUUAUGAAUUUUUUUUUUAGCAUAUUAUCUGGCCAGAUAUCCCCCCAGCUCUGAAGUUGCAAUCCUUUUUCCACUUAGAUUCUAACCUUAGAACAAAUUUGAAAUUUAUUAGGAAAUGUUGUAAUUCUAGUCAUUUGUUAGAUCGGUAGAAAAAUUAAUUCAUUUGAACAGUAUUUGGGCCAGCCACUACGAUCGGUUCACCUUAAUCAAUGUUUUCCCCGUUACAUUUUUCUGUCACCUUAAGGAGAUCAAAUAGCUCGUAAUAAUUGUAUUGUACUACAUUUGAGUUAAAUGAACGGAACGUGCGUUUGAAUUCAUUCAACUGACAUCCAGCAAAUUGAAUUUUAAAAUCAAUGAAAAUAAUAUCUUCCGUCCGCUUAAAUAUAGCAACCCAAUGACUUGACAAGACGUGUAACACUCAUUUAAAAAUAAACCUUUUUUUGCAACUCAA